GGUGUGACAUAGGCCAAAACAAAACAGUUUGCUAAGAUACUUUUUAACAUUUUCCCAAUUUUUACAUCUGAUUUCCUCAAGUAAUUUAUUCAAUUAGUGAAUUCCAAACCUUUUGCGUGUUUUUAUCUAAAAUAAAUUAAUGUAGACAUAGUUGAAACCUUGAAACUGCACAUUUAAGAGGAAAAAAUAAAAGGUGCUUCCGGAAUGGCGUCUUCUUCAGCCACAGCUGAAUUGGCGGAUCUGAUUAAGCGCAAAACAGAAAUUUCAGAAACAUUGGCCAAUUUAGAAAGGCAAAUUUAUGCUUUUGAGGGCUCCUACCUGGAAGAUACACAGCUCUAUGGGAAUAUAAUAAGGGGCUGGGAUAGGUAUCUCACAACGAAUAAAACCAAUUCUAAGGCAGACAAGAGGAAUCGCAAAUUCAAAGAAGCCGAACGGCUCUUUUCCAAAUCUUCCAUCACAUCCAUGGCGGCUGUCAGUGGUCUUGUGGAUCCCAAUGAGAGACACAGUGAAUCUGAAUCCGCAACAAAUAAUGAAGAUUCAAGCGACAAUCAACUUUCGGGUCUGAAUUCAAAUCACCAUCACAACACAACAACAGCCCACGAUGGUCUGACAAAUAGUGGGAAGAGUCAAGGCCUCACUGGAGACUCCUUCAGCAAUUCCCAGUCAGAACGCCCCAUGACUCCUACGACGUCUACAUCAAAGGACAGCACCGGUGUAAAGCACAAACUUGGAAGUACGGGCAUGUCAAACAAGAAGAGCAGCUCUAACAAAAAAUCCCGUCAUCGGUAAUCUCAUAAAUUCGCUAAAUGUAAUUAUUCAUUAAAAAAUAAAAAAGUCCUUUGUCUAUUUUCUCGCCUCAA